AUGGAGACGGACCCCGACCAAACCCAAGUGCGGGCUUCAGGAGAAGGCUGUGAUUUCACGUACGAUACCGAGGACUUGCGCUCCGGGGAGUCACAGUCUCUCAAAGAGACGGUACCUCCUGCAAAGGGAGCCGUCAAUAGAGGGAUAGUCAGCAAGGCAUUAUGGAAUGCUUGGUGGCUAGAGGUCUUCAGCAGUCUGCUUGGGCUUGGCUGUCUGCUGGCCAUUGUCAUCGUCUUAUCACUCUACAAUGAGCGACCUCUACCCGACUGGCCAGAUCUGAUAUCAGUCAAUUCUCUAAUUGCAAUAUUCACCGCCAUAUUCAAAGCUUCGCUUAUCCUACCAGUGGCAGAGGGAAUAGGGCAGUUGAAAUGGACCUGGUAUCAUCGACCGCAGAGGUUAGAUGAUAUCGUUCUGUUUGAUAACGCUACUCGUGGCCCUUGGGGUUGCCUACUCUUUAUCAUCAAGCAGUUGCCACGGCCGCAAAAGGCGUACCUGGCUGGACUUGGUGCUUUUAUCACUAUCGCAGCCUUAGCAGUCGACCCGAUCUCUCAGGCUAUGAUCGAGCAUAGAGGAUGUGCUCCUUCCAGGCAGCCUACAGUAACCGAGGUGGCUGAGGUCCCCAGAACAAACCUCUAUAUGGCCGGGAGAGGAGUUGUCACGAUUCCAAAAGCAACCUUGGACUAUCCUAUGGAGGUAGCUCUUACGAACGGACUCACUAAACAAGAGGAGACGGAAGCUCUUGUCCAGUUCAACUGCAGCACCGGCAACUGCACCUUCAAAGAAGAGGGCAAAGACUACUACUUUUCGUCACUGGCUAUGUGUUACUCAUGUCAGAAUGUUACCGACGAAAUCAACCUCAACAAAACAGAGUCCAAAGGAACGACACUGGGCCGCAAAUGGAGCUUACCUUCUGACCCUGGACUUCGAGUUUCUGAUUCAACUUUCAGCGCGAAGCUAGCAGCCGCAGCCGUCGGAUCCGAGUUCUUCGACAAGGGCGACACACCGUUCUUCGGUUUCGAUACACUGAUGCUCACCAACCCUCAUUGCGAAGCCCCUGACAAUGGAUGUUCGUUAGAUUCGCCUAACAACAAGGCGAUUGCUUCGCGAUGCAGACUCGACCUGUGCGUGAAGAGAUACUCUGGCGAAGUUCGAAAUGGGGUGUACUCAGAGAAGGAAGACUCUGAAAUCAUGCGACUGUCUCAAAACUUCCGCGUCGAGGUCACAUCAGUUGUGCCCCAGAUCGCCUGGGCCCUUGUGACCAACACCAGCCUGGUCGAUGGCCUGGAAGUACAGUGUGCCAAGACAAUGGGAGCGGACGACAUGGAAUCGCCAACGCAGCCAAACUGGUCCUCGUACUCGAAGGAAUGUAUGUGGGGGAUGGAAAUGAUGGCCGCGGAGGGGAUCCAAGGCAUACUGUCGGACCUCCUCAUGGGAACCGUCAACAGCACCGAGGUCCCAGUCCUCAGCUUGGUAUCCGGCCCAGUAUGGAUGAAACAAAUAUACGCAGAUGGCUUCGGAAACUUGGAGAGGGUAGAGAACAUGGUUCGCGGACUGGCAAACUCAAUCACGGCCGCCAUCCGGAACAGACCGUACGCCGGAUCCAGAAACAGAGACGCCCCGGCCGACCUUCCACACAACCUCCGAAUGGCGAGUGGGAGAACGAGUAGCGCGCAGACGUGUGUCUACCUACACUGGGGAUGGAUCGCGUAUCCGGCCUCGCUGCUUCUCCUGCAGUGGAUAUUUCUGGUGUGGGUGCAAAUCAGUCAAAAGCUGACUCGCCCGAACGAUUGGGAACAGACGAUGACUUGGAGGUCCUCGCCUCUCGCACUCUUAUAUCAUGGCCUGGAUGAUGAUUUGCGCUGCAAGGCUAGGGAACGGGGAACAGUCAGUGAAAUGGCCAAGAUGGCGAAGGACGUGAACGUACAGUUGGGACCUGUGAAUGACGCGAAGAACAAAGAUUGGAGACUAUGCGAAGUCUAG